AUGGCAGCUAACAAAGUAUUGCCUGCGGGCUUCAAAGAGGAUCUUCUUCGCACUCAGAAACGUCGAGAACCCGUCGAGUCCAGCCCUGCCCCUUCCACUUUCGCCCUCCCCAAUGGAUUCCUCGAGGGCCCAGCGCCCAAUUUAACCAAGUCCAAAAUUGAUUUCAGGAAGGCUGGAAUACUAGAGAACGAGAAUGCAUGGGCCGUCAUACUUGAUGGUGUUCUGUCUGAGGACGAGUGCAACACCUUAAUACAAGCAGCAGAAGCGACUACUAACGGCACGUGGGAGAGAGCCAUGGUGAACAUUGGGGGCGGAAUGCAAGCCAUGUAUGAAGACACGAGAAAGUGCGGUCGGAUCAUCUGGGACAAUAAGGACAUCAUGGCCAAGUUAUGGGAAAGAAUAGAGGCGUCGGUGCCUGAAAUCCAUCGCUUGCAGAAUUGGGCGCUUGUCACAGGCAAUGGUCCAGCGAAACGAGGAGAGACUUGGAAAGUAACGAGACUGAAUGAGCGUGGACGCUAUCUCAAGUACACUGGUGGAGAGUAUUUCAAAGCGCAUUGUGAUGGCACGUACGAGACGCCAGACCGCACCGAGCGCUCAUAUUUCACCCUGCACCUUUACCUGAACGAUGCAGUACUGAGCACUGGGGAAAGGCAGCUCGAAGGCGGCGCCACUACAUUCUUCAACGGUCGCAUGAACCAACGUAUCGACGUUGAGCCAAAGGCUGGGCGCGUCCUGCUCUUCCAGCAUCGCUACCUUAUACAUUCUGGUGACGACGUUGUGAAGGGCACCAAGUAUACGCUACGGACGGACAUCAUGUACGCGAUGGAGAAAGACACAGCAUCAGAGCCAGAGUAG